UUUGGUAAUCUUUCCACAAAUAGGGCUAUUAUGGACCUUUUGCUUUUCCACAGGAAGCUUCUAAUCCUUACUUCUUUCCCAAAAUAAAACAUGCUUCUAAGAAAGCUAGGCAGUGAUACCAGUUUAAAGGUCAACAAAAUCCAUGCAGCCCCUUAGAAAAGUCGCUGGCCUUGGACAUGUGCUUUAGCCUAAAGGAAAACUUCAUCUGGACAGUGCCACUUUGGGUGUCAGUCCUCCAGGGCUCUCAAAACAUGGAUCAUGGAAUGGAGUAGAAAGAGUAUUCCUAUCUAGUCUCUCCUGCUAUUCAAGCAUCUCAAAAAAUACAGUUUCUGUUUAAUGUCUCUUGAGAGUAUCCCACAUCUUUCAGGAGGUAACAUGAUGAAGUUGGCACCUGUCUAGAAAAUGAAAAGGAUUUUUCAUCAAAUGCUUUAAUCUUUAACAAACUUUGCAUCAUGACAGAAAUCCUCCACCUUCCCAAGAAGGAUUUCAGAAGAGCUCGCACUUGUGUUCCCAGUAUUAUUUUUCAUAUACAUUACAUUCAUAAACAUGAGCAUGACCCUGAAAAUCUUCUGUGGCAAAAAUGAGCCUCUGUAGAACACUCCAAAGAUGAAUAAAAAGAAGGCCUUGGUAUAUUGGUCAGUAUUUUCUUAGAGAUUAGGAGAGAGAAAUUAGGAAAGGGAAAAGGUGAGCAUUCCCAUACUUGAAGUAUAUAACUUGGGAAGUGGUGGAUGACACAAAAUAGUUUUCGUCAUACUCCCUUUGGAAAUUACUUGUGAGGAACUUUAUUUAGGAAAUCACUGUUUUCUAUAGGGCAAAACACACAGACACUAUUCAGGGAAAGGGAUAAACUUAACAAAGUUAACCAGUGGUUUGUUGGCUUUCCCCCAUCUCCCCAAAUAAAUGCAUUGUAUCUUUCUGUCCACUACCUACAAUAUUCAGCUUCUGGUGAAAAUAUGCAUUUAUAAGAAAGACAUCAUCAGCACAGAGGAAUCUCAAAGGGGUUUGAGACUUCUUCUCAACAGGUGCUGAGUUUAAGAAUGAGGCAGACAAACAACUAGGCAUCUGCCAAAGGCAAAAUGUAUUUUUAAAUUGAAGGCUGCCCUCUGGAAUAAUUGAAAAUAGCUCUCUGUCUUCAGAGAGGUUUAUGAUUAACAGAUCUAUUAUUUGUACUUUCUACUAGGGCCUGUUAAUGCCCACGUUUGGAUCUUCAGAUUUUCCACUGUGUACUUUUUGUCUGGAGAAAACCUUGGACUAGAGAUAAGGCCAUAUCCAAAAAUGUAUUUCUAGCAGCUCCUGCUUCCAGUCAGCCUGUCUGGGCUUGAGGCUGAAUCAAGACCAUGAAGUGCCUGCUCUUUCUCGCCUUUGUUGGGGCGGCUGUUGCCUUCCCCACCAUCGCUGAGGAUGAUGAUGACAAGAUCGUGGGAGGCUACACCUGUGCACAGAACUCUGUUCCCUAUCAGGUGUCCCUGAAUUCUGGAUAUCACUUCUGUGGAGGUUCCCUCAUCAGCAGCCAGUGGGUCCUGUCAGCUGCUCACUGCUACAAAUAUCGCAUCCAAGUGCAGCUCGGGAAACAUAACCUGGCCCUGACAGAAUCAACACAGCAGUUUAUUAACUCGGCUAAAGUCAUCCGCCACUCUGGCUACAGCGCCUAUACCCUGAACAAUGACAUCAUGCUCAUCAAGCUUGCCACCCCAGCCCAGCUCAGCAAAUCUAUCCAAACGGUUGCUCUGCCCAGCAGCUGUGUGGCCGCCGGCACCACUUGCCUGAUCUCCGGCUGGGGCAACACACUCAGCAAUGGCAAUAACUAUCCAGAUGAGCUGCAGUGCCUGCAGGCUCCGGUGCUCUCUGCCACUAACUGCCAGAACGCCUACCCUGGUCAGAUUACAGACAACAUGAUGUGUGUAGGAUUCCUGGAGGGAGGAAAAGAUUCCUGCCAGGGAGAUUCCGGCGGUCCCGUGGUCUGCAACGGAGAGCUCCAGGGCAUUGUUUCCUGGGGCAUUGGAUGUGCCCAGAAAGGCUACCCUGGAGUUUACACCAAGGUUUGCAAUUACGUCUCCUGGAUCCAAUCCACUAUCGCCGCCAACUGAGACCCUCUCACUCAAUGUGACCUGCCUUUUCUCA